AUGGGACCUUUCAAGCCUUCCUCAAACGGGCACAACUACAUUUUGGUUGUUGUGGACUAUGUGUCCAAAUGGAUUGAAGCCAUUCCCUGCCCAGCCUGUGAUGCCAAAGUUGUUAUCAAACUGUUCAGAACCAUCAUCUUUCCAAGAUAUGGCAUCCCAAGGGUUGUUAUUUCGGAUGGAGGUUCCCAUUUCAUCAACAAGGUGUUUGAGAAGUUGAUGAAGAGUUAUGGAGUCAAGCAUAAAGUUGCCACGCCCUAUCACCCUCAAACCAGUGGGCAAGUUGAAGUCUCCAACAGACAGGUUAAGGCUAAAUUGGAGAAGACUGUGCGCUUCACUAGAAAGGAUUGGUCAACAAGACUUGAUGAAGCACUUUGGGCUUACAGGACAGCUUACAAAACUCCCAUUGGCAGGUCCCCUUUCAACUUGCUAUAUGGAAAAGAGUGCCACUUGCCUGUGGAGGUCUUUUGGAGCAUUCUGGAGCAUAUGGGACAUGAGGAGCAUGGAGGGACUUGGCACAUGGACGCAGCUCAACUGGAUACGCAAAGGAAGAAGGGAGAAGCCAUCUUGAAGACCAGCUCGACCACCGGUCGAGUUCCUCAACUCGACCGGCCAAGCUUCAACUCGAUCGAGCUGAGAAGUCAAAGUCAAACCCGAAAAAUGUUGCUUCCCCCUUGA